AUGCGCUUCCUGAAUACUACUAGCAUUCAAUUUGAAGAAGUCGCUGACUCGGAGCUUUCCCAAGCUGAGAACCGAUACGCCAUUCUCUCACAUGGGUGGGGACGUGCCGAAGAUGAGAUCUCGUAUGAGGACAUGAUCUCGUCCACAGAUCUCUCUCGGAGGAAAGGCUUUGCCAAAAUUAAAGAGUUCUGCAGCUUAGCCUCACUGUUGGGUUAUCGCUAUGGCUGGGUCGACACAUGCUGUAUCAACAAAGCCAAUUCGAGCGAGUUGGCGGAGGCUAUCAAUAGUAUGUAUAUGUGGUAUGGGUUUAGUACUUUAUGCAUUGUGUAUCUUGAAGACGUUCCUAGAAAUCGGUUCGAGGAUAGCGAGUGGUUCGAUCGUGGGUGGACUCUGCAGGAGUUGAUUGCUCCUAAGGCCGUUUCCUUUUUCGACCAGCACUGGGAACCCCUCGGAACAAAGCUAGAAUUGCUUGAAAGUCUAUCGCAGAAAACCGGAGUACCUAGUGAUGUUCUAGGUAACAUUGCUGAUCCUUCCACCUGCUCGGUCGCUCAACGAAUGUCGUGGGCAGCGCAGAGAGUCACCAGUAGAAUAGAAGACAGAGCCUAUAAUCUUCUCGGGCUUUUUGAUAUCAACAUGCCGACGAUUUACGGCGAAAGGGAGAAGGCCUUUCUGCGCCUGCAGCAACAUAUUGUCCAAAAGAGUAAAGACGAGUCUCUCUUUGCAUGGGCCUUGAAUACCUCCAGUGACGCCCCGAGAGCGUACUUCAGCGUAUUCGCCUCAACUCCCUCUGCCUUCAGAGAUUGUAGCAACAUAGUUCAAACCCCAGGUUCUGCAUGCUUCUCAGAGAACAACGGAGAGCUGUCUAUCAGCUUACGCAUCCGCCAGUACAGUCCAGGAAUAUUUAGGGUUUUGCUUCAUUGCACCAGAAAAGCCAAUCCAGACAGCAAAUUCUUCAUCACAAUCUCCCAAACAUUUGGGGACGAGACUUUCGUUCGUGUCCGAGAUCUGGAAAACAUUGGUGAAGGGUUGACCAAUAUAUUAUCGGGUCGCGAGGUGAUAAUUCGAUUUCCGGUCGAUCCGAAGACACCGCCUGUAACUACAUUCUUCGGGUUCUGGCUUCGUACACUUCAACCUCCU